CUGGAAGGAUUGUGACGGCGUGGUGUUCGGAACAUAAACAAUCCUGUACAAGUUGUGUAUAAAUACUCCUCUGUAUAUCCCUAAGUGUCGAACAACUCCCAUCAUCAAGCACAUCCUCAAAUACAUCUCAACAGACAAUAUUUUAACUCUUGCUUCAUCCUCAAGACUUCAUCGCCAUCCAGUCCGACAUUCUCACUUGAGACAUCAUUGCACAUCAUCUCUGAUCAAGUCAUUUCAAUCAAUCCAUCAAAAACAUAUCCAUACUUCGGCCGGUAGGUUUGAGCCAUCAACUCUUGUCGCGUUUCAUAUGGGGUGUCGUAUAGAGUCUAGGCUAACAUGAAUGGUUACACAUAGCUCCCAUCAACAUGUGUUUCUUCGACCAGUGCCAAUUCGUCUGCGGUGACUAUAAGUGGGGCCACUUUCGACAACAUUGUGCCAAAGAAUAUCGUACGGGCGAGACCUGUGGCAUGAAAUUGGUCAUGACCACAUACCAGAGUCAGGAGAAGUGCAAGAUUUGCACAAAGAUCGAAACAAAAUGGGGCCGUAUUCAAAAGGAGCAAGAGCGUGUGCUUCGAUGGAAGAAAGAGAACGGAAAGAGUCGCCAACACUCGAUCGCAGUGUCAGAGGGAAAUAUCCGGGAUCUGCAACAAGAGGUCAAUAAUCUCGAAUGGCAACGCUCGCAGAAUGCUCUGGCUUUGUGAAAGGUGAGAGACCAAUCGCUUGAUUGAGUUGUGAUAUCUGAUACUGAUGUUUUUGCAGUGAAACUUUCCACACAAGAUGAUGGUAGAGAAUGAGCGAACGAUUUUUUGGUGUUUCAAACUUUUUUUCUUAGGGUUGUCUUUCUUUUGACGGAGUGAAUUGACGGAAAGGAAAGAGUGGUCUUUCAUUUAAGGAUUUUGGGAAUGAUUGGUUUCUGGUGACAGAUGAAGUGAAGUUUUUUUUGGAAUUAGAUAGUCUCACGACGUAACGAUGAAACGAUGCUUUGAACAAGUUCCUUGAAAU